UGUCUGUGAUGCCCCAUAUCCUGCAGUUGCCGGGAAGGCACAUCCACAUCCCUUCUUCUGCCCACCGAGCAGUAGAGCAGUAGAAGAGUAGCUGGUUCUUACCUGCCUGUGCACUUGGGCCUGUGCCCUGCAGACCAGGGAUGGCCCGCAUCAUAGACCUGGUGCCUUGGGACGAGUGCUCUGCCCACCUGUAUGCUUCCCCAGCCAUCCUCAUCCCUCUGGAGCGAGUGCGUCGCCCACUCGCCGGGGUGAAGCAUCAGCUCUACCACCCCGGCCUGCCUUCCCUUCGGCGCAUGGACAUGGACUCCGUCAAGGGCUGCCUCUCGGAUGAACACUGCCAGUCUUCCACUUACUACACCAAAGAUGAUUUCAACGAGGCCCACUUCACUCUCCUAGGGGUCCCCAACAAACCCCUGCAUUGCCUGGACUUCACGGCAACCGGCCAGAAGCUCUGUCACAAGUACCGUGACGGAAAGAUGAUUCCCAUCGUGCCAGGCAUCCAACGGGCCGACUGGCCCUGCUUCACACGCGCCAUCGAAGAUUGGUCUCAAUUCGUGUCCAAGUCCGGAGAGUUCAAGCUGCCUUGUGCCAACAGAAGGGUGGAGGGUUUCAGUGGCUACGCGGUGCGGUACUUGAAGCCGGAGCUGACCCAGAACUGGCGGGUAGGGAAAGAUGCAAACAGACCGGGCCCGGAUGGCUGGGAGGGACCGGCUGCUGGGAUCCGCACCCCUCAGUCUUACGGGUUCAAAUUCCUUUGGCCCACUCCAGUACUGCCUCAACCAGAACCCCAGCCUGGACCGCUAUGGACAGAAGCCCCUGCCUUUCAACACGCUGAACUCGUUCCGGCGCUUUGGCUCCCACUACAGUCGCAUCAACUAUCUGACUCCCUGGCAUUAAUCUGUGUGGGCAGGAAGGCUGAUCCUUCUAUGGCUGGACUGUGCCACCUCAAGGCCCCUAACCAGACAGAGCACAUGUGGUGGCACCAGUCAUCUUCUCCCCAGGAGUUCAGUUCAAGAAAUAAACCUAAUGCUUCCGAAGAUGUCUCUGUGGUGGUGGCAGUGGCGGCGGAGUGAAGGGGAAGUCUGGAGAAGGCUCAGGACCACAGAUGAUAGCAUAUUACCCUUGCCUGUUUUUUACUAACUCCUGGGAAAUGGAGAGAGGGUGUGUAAGGGCAGAGUAUCAGGACCUAAGCCUCAAGUCUAGCUGGGGUGGAGGCACAGGGACAGGCUGGGAUUCUGGUUUCCCUAAUGCUCUUUCUUGUCCAUUGCUUGCAACUCCUAACCAAGAUCCUGAAUCCAUAGCCUCCACCUGAGUUUGAGCACUGAGAGGAGAGAAGAGACCCAUGAUACCUCCCUGCACCCCUUACAUAUACUGGUGUGCUUUGGGCUGUCCCUGAUGGGAAGUGGGUAGGUCAGGUUUAUGCCCUCUGGUCCCUGUGAAGCAUACUUCCAAAUAUAAACUGGGAGGAGGUGCUUGAGAACAUGCUGGGCUCCUCAAGGCACUGCUAUGAAAUUCACUGCCUACACAGAAGGCCAUCUGCUCUACUCGAGUAGUGGGACAGGCCCUCGUCUUUCCCUCAGCAUACACCCUAGGCCUAAGCCCCUCUGGUGAUGGUGGACGUGAUUGAUGGCCUAGGUGCAGGGGAGCUCCAGUGACGGGGGCAUCUGUAGCUCUUGAGUCUUCUAUACUCCACCCUGCCAGAGGGCAGACUGCAGGGAGAGGUCCUCAUGGGAACAAAUAGCCACAGUGCCCAAGAACUCAGCAGGGGAUUUCUGUUCCUGGAACUUCCCACAUCCCCAAACCUGAGAAUAUGGUCAAAGUCAUAUGUUUACACGGCCCUGCGUCUUCAGAGAAAAGCCCCCAUGUUUUCAUCUCAGUGGAGUUAGCAUCCACAGGGCCAAGUUCGCUCACCAUUCACCCCUUUCCUCCCUGAAACCAGUGCGCAGCUGCUGCAUGCCCAAGGCUAAUGUCUCAGAAGAAAGGGAUUGAGAGAAAAAUGGCCUCACAGGUCAGAACCUAUUAUCUGCUAUUUGAAAUUCUGCUAACAGGGCAGGAAGCCCGGGAAAGAUAAACCCAGAUUCCUUCACGAAAACUCAUUGGACAACUCUGGGAAGCCAAUGGCAGAGACCCCAGGGCUGUUAGUGCUUCAUUCCAAAUGACAAAGAAGAAAUGGACCUGCCUAAGGUUCCCAGAGGAUGCCUGUCUUGGGUGAGAAUGGUCAGAGGGGCACUAGUGAACAGAUGAUGGUGCAAGGGGGAACCGAGUGACCAGGAUUUUUUAUUUUUUCUGGGCCUGCUUCUGUGACCCAGUAUGAACAAGAAAGUUCACUUUAUAAUGUAGCCCAGCUUUGAGGCCAUUGCCUGGGCCAGUGUUCUGCUGAAUGCUCAGGUGACACAGGUCACCCCUGCUUUAUUAGUGUUUUGAGUCCAGUGGGAAAAACAGGUAGGCAGGCCAAACCACUUUAAACCACAAAGUACGCUCCUCUAGUCUAGGACCCUACAGGGGCCAGCCCACAGCAGUAAGGUUCUUGUCCACUGGCUAUAUAUUUAAUACCAACUUUAUAAAUACAAGAAACAGAAACUGUCUAAGACUAAAGGGAGUAGAAAGCAUAAGCAAAAACAAUUAAGUGUAGAAUUUUUAUUAAGUUUUUAAAUGUUUCACAGGCCUGGUGAGGUAAGUCGUUUUAAAUCCAUUUUAUAGCCGGUUAAAUAAACGGACUCGGGGAUGAAGAGCUGGCUCAGAGGUUGAGUGCCGGCUGCUUUUCCAGAGAACCAGGUUCAGUUCUCAGCACCCACAUGGAGGCUCUAACCCAUCUUAACUCCAGUUCCUAGGGGUGUGGCACUUUCUUCUGACUGCAGGGGCACCAGGCACACAGGUGGUGUACAUACAUACAUCCAGGCAAAACAUUCACCCACAUAAAACCAACUACCUAGGCUAGAGGAGGUGGUGAUUGGCCUGAGACUACACAGCUGGUGACUGGCAAAGCUGGGAACUGAAGGCAGUGAGACUGUGAUCUACUUCUUCCCUGCUGAGGAGCAAGCCAAGGGUGGAGAGAAAAGCAGAGGGUCUUCCUGGGGCUGGAGACCCGAGACUAGUACUCAGAAGGAAGAGAGCUCCCGUCAGAAAACUAAGAAGUCAAGAUUAGUGGCAUACAUUGUAAGUCCCGGACAACAUGGAGGUUGAGCGUGACUGAUGCCCCAGGAGUUUGCCUAGCCUGGGAAACAGACACAGGAAUGCUCUCAGAUGUGCUAGUGGUGGCCACUGCGUCACAGCAGCCACGACCUCCGCUGUAUCUUCAGAGGUUUGUGGCUCAGCAUGAACAGAUCCCAUCUGAAAUCUUCUCUGUGGUCGUACCCUUGGGAUAGUACAGCCAGCAUGACUCUCAGGCCUUCUGGACCUGAACACAGUUCCCUGGCCUUUACCACAGACCCCAUCAUUUCUCCUUGCUUGUCUAUCCUCAGCCUCUUGUUUCCCUAACUUUGUUCAAAGCCAUCCUUCCACCCCUUUCUACCCAGUGGCAAAUGCUCCCUUCUCCCCAUUCUUCCCAAAGACCACACGUACAGGGACCUUGGCUGUUUUGGGGACUUACAUCUGUGGCCAGUAGGCUUACUUGCCAGCUCCUUUUACCUCCUGUAACUGAGGUUCAGGGAUGCAGAUCUAUCUAGACAGAAUGAAAUUUCUACUAUAAAAUGGCAGUAGUGUUUAUUACAUAGCAACAUGGAGAACAUGCAUCCUAGCCCAGGGUCUGGGGCUGGCAGAAGGGCAGGCUCAGAAAUAAGGCUCAAGCUGAGAUGGGGUGGAAAUUACAUGUCCCAGAUGUCGAUGGCCGUUUUUACUGUGUGUCUGUGUGUUUGCCUGUGGGUGCUCGUGCACGCGCACACACACGCUCGAGAACACACACACACCCAGGCAUGCACGCACGCGCACGCACACACACACACACACACAAGCUAAAGUCAACAUCUGGUGUCUUCAGUCACUCAUCUCAUUGUCACAGGGUCCUCUCACUGAACCCAGUAUUCACCAAACGGUUAGACUGACUGGUAGGAGCACCAGGAAUGUCUGUCUGUCUUGUCAUCCCCCGACCUGUGUUUCUCCCACUAUCAGUCUGGGGUUACAUAAUCACAUGGCCAUGAAGGUGCUGGGUAUCCAAACUCGAGGCCUCAUGCUUGAGCAGCGGGCACUGCACUGAGCUCCUACUCUACUUCUCGAUUCUAAACCCCCCUUUUUUUUUUUUUUUUUUUGGUUCUUUUUUUUCGGAGCUGGAGACCGAUCUAAACCCCUUUUAAUUCUCUCAUGUGAAGUUCUUGCUUUUUGCCUGGCAAACAGCAGGCGCUCGGUUAUGGUCAUGGAAAAAGCAAAUGCACUGUAGAGCCAGGGUGGGGUGGGGACAUGGUGAAGAGGGAGACUCCUGCCUCCUCCACAGACUGACUUUUACAGGAUACUACAACAGAGACCUUUGGAAAUGUAGACCGAUAGCAGCCAAUGCUCUUCCUGUGUGUGACUGCUCAGGGACAAAAACACUUUCUUGAGGAUGGGAUGCAGGCCUUGUCACAAGAGUCAGGCUGUGAGUUUGGGGGGAAUUCCUGCAGUGAGAAGUCCAGGAUGGCACGGAGGUGUGCUCUGGAGGAAGAGCAGGGUUAUGGGGCAGGAAGGAGACACGGGUGGAGAUGACCUUUCACGGCAGUGCUGGAAGGUGCAGGCCCUGACUGUCUGCUUGGCAAGGUGGGCAAAAGUAACUGAGAUCUGUGAGGAAGCCGACCACCAGCUGGGGCAGGGGGAGCGCUUUUACCUGGAUUCCCCUGGCCAGAUGGGACUGGUCAGGGACAGUCCUGGCCACACUGCCUGUCUUCACCUGUGUGGCUGAGAGAAUCCCUGAGCCUCGAAAUGACCUAGACAAAGGACUAUUCGGGCCUAUCCUGCCCAAUAAGCAGAGUUUUGUCUUUGCCACACAACUAGAAAAUAAACUGGACCUUAAGCCUGGCACAGACACAAAGGCCCCUUGCUGUCGGCUGCUGAGUGUUGGAAGCCGAGAGGAAGGAACCUCUUGGCUUCCUAGGGGUCACAAAGGGGAUGGGAAAAGAAGGGGUGUGGUCAGUUUUAAGAACAGUUGUAAUAUGGGUAGUUCCAUGUCCUUUGAACUUUCUAUUCCUAUCUAGGACAAGGUACCCUGGGCUUUCAGACGCCAGGCUGAGAUUUCUCCUCUCCAGCCCCACUCUGGCCUUUGAGAAUGGAAGCAUGUGAGCUGUGGUUAAGGACAAGGAUGGAUUACAGUAGGAAUAUGUGCAAAGACUAAGGUAAAGGCCCCAGGCUCAGUCUACAGAGAGCUCACUGUAGGGCAGACUGAGAAUGAGGAGUGUGAGCCAAUUAGGCUAGGUGGGGCCACUACUGUUCCAAGGAGCACCUGAAUAAACGUUUUUUGUUUUUUUUUUUUUUUUUUUGCCAUCUCCAGCUUCUGGCCUUUCAUGAGCUGCUGGUCUCUCAUGUUCCAGCUCCCUCAGGGCUAGGGUUGAAUCUUAAUCAGGAGGGGUGAAGUAUGCUGCAUUGGCUCCUGUCAGCUUAACCAUAGCUUCCCCCUCAGAGCCUCAAUGAUGACUCCAUGCAGCUCUCACAACAGUGGGACAAAGUAACCUUCCAAUUUGUUUUCUGACAGAUAUGGCAACUGUGUCCCAAAGAGGUUAAGUGACUAGUCCAAGCUUACAUAGCCAGAAGCCUCAAAGCUCAGGAUUCAAGCCUAGCCGCAACCUGCUCCUUUGGUCUGCAUAACUCUCGGCCUCUGCACCUCCCAUCAUGCCCUCUGCAAAGAACGAGUGGAAGAGCUGUGGGCUGCACCGGUCAAUGUCUUUACUUCUAGAGCACACAUCGAACUCACUGUAUAUUAACAUCAAAAGUGGCUGCCUAAAGUGGAGUCAUUCUUUAAAAAUUCCAAACUCUCAUAUAUGAUCCAAAAUGACAUGAAAUUAAGCUAUACAAUGUUAUGAGUAGUAUAACAAACAGCUUUUAGAAUGCAAAAAUGGAAGGAAAAAACUAGCAGUUAGGGCUAGACUGUUAUAAGCCUGAGUUCCAGUUUUUUGAGGCUUUGUGACCAAGAGUCAACCCGAGAGAAGUGCUAACCUUAGUCUCUGUGGACACAGGAGAGAACCUGGGCACACAGAGCAGACGGAUGUGGCCAGCUGGGCCUUUUAAGAUGAGGUGAGGGAGUAUCCUCCUACACAUCUGGCCCUUGACUUGGGUGGUCAGUCUUCUUCCAAGACUCAUUGGGAGGGAGGGGGGCUAAAAGGGGCAAUGGUCAUCGCUGGGUUCAACACAAUGACUGUGAUAACAAAGGUCCUCCAGGCUCUCGAGGUGGCUCUGGCCAUCCAGUGAUGGUGGGUGACCAUGUACCUACCCAGAAUGCUGCCUACUGGGCUUCUCUAUCCUUGGGUACCCAUAUUUACUAUAGAAGCAGGCUGGGAGGAGCCAGAGG